AUGGUCGCGCCCGCUGUUCCUGAGAUCCACGAGGAGGAAGAGAUCUAUGUCGCGGUCGAUGCGCGAACGGAGUCCUUGCAGAGCUUGCGAGAACUAGGCCCUCCAGACCUGGUCUAUUUGGUGAAGCAGCCUAAGGCCAAUUCGACUCGCCAGACCGGAGUUUAUCAUCAUGUCACCGGAAUCGAUGCCUCCUCGUCCGCUAGUUUAGCCGCCUAUGUUAAUACUCUCACAUUCUCUCCUCUCGACAAGACGCAUAAAGUGGUUUCGGGGAUCUACUGUUGCUACAAUGCAUUCUCCCACCUCGAUAUGCGCGUCGAAGUAAAAAUCCCCGGAAGUUUGGAGAGCUACUGCAUUGAUGAGCGGGGCGACAAGCGCGUUGCUACUGAGGCUCUUUGGCUAGAGACCUUCCUUUGCGCUGUUCUGAGGGCUUAUCACUAUGCAGAUGAUGGAAGCGGAGAUUCGGUCAAGAGGAUUGUUGGAGUCCGACGAUUCAACCCCGUGACAAACACAGAGAUGGAGCACAAAUUCUUGGAUGCUGCUGAGAAACUUUUCUUCUUGGGACGCCAACUGAGCUCUGACCCGGAAACCCAAGUCCCUAACACUGUGAGCAACCACCUCACAUCCGGCAUCCUCAAAUACAUUCACACGACUGGCCGCUAUACCUCUGGAAUCAACUUGUUCCAGAAGCUCCGCACGAAAGAUGUGGAGGUUUCGUCCCUCCUAGCUCGUGUACAGAUUAUGGCAGACGAGGAGGUGCAAGCGGUACGCCUCAUGUACAACGCUUUACAAGAUGUUCCAAUGGACUAUGCUCUACUUGACUGCCAGGCUAGUUUCUGCCAAAGCAAAGGCGAAAGCGAGAUGGCACUUGAGUGCGCUAAGCGUGCAGUUACUGCAGCUCCUAGCGAAUUCAGUACAUGGGCUCGCCUCGCAGAGGUAUAUGUCAGCAUGGAACGCUGGGACUUGGCGCUUCUGACUCUCAACUCUUGCCCCAUGUUCACCUAUCAAGACAAAGAUACCCCUCGCAUGCCACAACCGUCACGCAUUAUGCUCCCAAUUCUUGCUGAAAGUAUUCUCGACGAAAUCGACGAAGGCCAGCCAAAGCAGGGAGACCCUCACGACUAUGUUCACCCUUCGCUUCGAAAGAUCCAUGCCUCUAGUUAUCAAGGUACUUUCUUGAAGGCCUACAAUCUUCUGACGAAAAUCGCAGCUGCCAUUGGAUGGGAUCAGCUACUUAAGGCUCGCAGCCAGGUUUUCGUGAUGGAGGAAGAAUACCGAGUUGAGCGGCAGCAUGUUCCUAAGCCCGCUACAUCAUCGGGUGCGGAGACCAAUGGUAAAAUCUCUGACCACGAAGAUAACUCUGGCUCUGUAGCUGGCCCUGACCCGACCGAGCCGUCUUCGGAAGAAAGUGCCCAUGGAGACAGCCACGCUGAAAGUCCCCUAGAGCGACCGGAGCAAACAGUAGCAUCCGAAGUUGUCAAGUCUGGCAGUGAAGACCCCGACCCAUCUCACGCUUCAUAUACGCAGUUCCGAAACAAGCGACUGUGUGAAAGGUGGCUAGAUAACUUGUUUAUGGUUCUUUACGAGGACCUGCGCAUUUACACCAUCUGGCGUACCGAAAUGGCCCAGUUCCGUCAACAAGCCAUGGAAUACAAGAAGUCUGCUACCGAGUGGGAAAUUCUUGGUGAGCUGGCGCAGCGACUGCACCAUUUCGACGAAAGUAUCGAGGCAUACCAGAGCUGUCUAGCCACUCGGUUCUCACCCAAGGCCAUGCGUGGAGUGUUGAAAUUGUACGAACAGCGAAAUGAUACUAGAGGCAUGCUCGGUGCGUUGAUCCGCCUCAUCGCCUGGCAAUAUCGCUGGUACUCCGAGUUCUCCCCCGAACUCUUGUUUCUGGUUCGUAAGCUCAUUGAGGACGAGGGUGCUGUCAAAGUCCGCAGCAUUGUCCAAGCGACAAAUCUGCCUCAAGCCGUCCUCGACCUCACACACCAGUACUGUCAACUAUGUGCCACCUUCCGCAGCAGUGGUAGCGAUACUUAA